AUGCGGUCCAGCAUCGCCUGUGCGCGCUGCCGGCGAAGUAAGAUCAAGUGUGUUAAUGCCGGCAUCGACACCACCUGUCGCGCUUGUGAAUCCUCGGGUCGCGAUUGUGUUUACCCGACGCCUGCCAUCGGGGUCGGCGCGGGCACUGCGAAACGGGAUAUUGCUGCGUUGGCUGACGGGGAGGAUCGCAAUGGGGACUGGGACAGCCCCAAGCGACAACGCCCCCGGAAGAGCGUCGGACUCGCGUCCUCCGCCGCCAAGGAUGCUUCCAAGACCUCCCUCGAUGUGCUCGAUUCCUCUGUCUUGACGGUCAAGGUUUGGGAGGCCGUCUUCGAUCUGUUCCAGUCCCACUUUGCGACCCUGCUGCCUUUUCUUCACCCCGCGUCCUUUAUGGGGCAGAUUCGACAGCUUUCGGGGAAUCAGCCCACCACUGCUGCCGUCUCCUCCUCCUCCUCCUCCACCACCACCACCACCGUCAACCCGACACAUCCAGAACUACCUCACGAUCAGACCCCCGCUCCACUCGUCUCCAAACCGGAUCCCAAUCCCCUGAUUCCCCUGGGGGUUCUCGCACUGACCGCACGGUUCCACCCGCAACUGGUGGCCUACCAUUCCCCGUCGUCCUCGGGAACUCCGUCGAACCCGCUCGUCGCCUCUGAAUACUAUGCGAAGGUGCUGCGCAGCCGGCUGGCCGGCGCGGAUGGCGCUAGUCUUGCCGUUGCCGAUCUCACCCGCAUUCAGGCGCUGUUGAUGCUAGCCCUGCACGAAUGGGGUAUGUGCCACGGUAAAAGCGCUUGGCUAUACGUCGGGAUGGCUAUCCGCUUGUCACAGGCCAUGGGCCUGCCCUUUGAGCUCGAGAAUGACGUUUUCUCCCGCGACGGCCCGCGAUCCCCAGCCCUUAAAUCCGAGCCAGACCUGUUCGGGGUGUCACACCGGCCGGUGGAGCAAAAUGAGCAGACAUCGGAUGAUGUGAUCGCACAGGAGACCAAGCGCCGCACCUUUUGGGCCUGCUUUAUCCUCGACCGCAGUCUGAGCAGUGGGAAAUACCGCCCACGCAUGGUGCGAGUCAAGAAUCUGGGGAUCCAGCUCCCGAGCGACAAUGCUUUUGCCUUUGGCGAGCGCGUGCGUACCUCUCGUCUCAAUGAACCUGUUGGACGGCGUCCCCAAAGCUUUAGUUCGCAGGGCGUGCAGAUUCCCAGCAUCCGUCAAAGCAUUGGUGGCUUUGGUGACGAAAAGCUGGCCCACAAUGGUUCUGAUAAUCGACCAUGGUCCCCAGUCUCCCGGCGAAAGGAUUCGGGGGAGGAUGAGGUUGACCGAUGGGAGGUCGGUGCGGAAGAGUCGGUUUUAAGUCGGGUCAUUCGCGUCACUCGUGUGUGGGGAAGCAUUGCUAAAUGGUCUUGCGCAGUGCCACGAAGGAAUGAACAGCUUCCCCCAUGGCACCCGGAUUCGCGCUUCUUCCGUCUUCGGACCGUGCUAGGAGAAUUCCGCGAUGGGCUUUCUCGCAACUUACAAUACUCCCCCCGUAAUACUGAUACGCACAUUAUGUAUAAAAACACCCUACCCCCUUACACCGUGAUGCAUGUGGUGUAUUUCCUGUCGGUGAUUGUUCUCCAUCGCACCUACUUACCCUUCGUGCCCGUGCGGUGCACCGAACCCAUUGGACCGCUGGAUGAGCACGGGGAUAAAUCGGGAAUGCCCGAGUGUUUCUGGCGGGAGAGUGCCCGCGAGCUCUUUGCCGCCGCGCGCCAGAUGAUGGAUUUGGUGGUCACCUGCCAGGACCGUGGAGUCUUGGUGGAGAACCCGCUCGUGGGGUUUGCCAUCUACAAUGCCGCAUUUGUUGGAGUAUACGCCGCGCACUUCCCCCAGAUGGACCUUGAUGGCGUAUUCGCCCCGAAACCGACGGGGGAUCGUCCGUGUCAAGGCCAGGCCCAAGCCCGCCAGGUCCUCGAUAUCCUACGCAAGAUGCGCCCGCGGCUGAAAAUGGCCCGGGGUUGGUUCCGCACCUUGAACCGGUUGCACAGCUACUUCUCGAAAGUUAAACGGGACUUUCGACGACACUGUCGCAGGAUCGAUAUGAUGAUUCCAGACGACCUACACAGCGGGAAUGGUAUCCGUCCGGCUCGCGAAGGAGGCGGAGGCGGCGGAGGGGCUGGCGGUGCGUUUGACGAGUUUAAACUACUGGAAAAGCUCUUCCUCGACUUUGGCGCCCUUGACGACCAACUUCCAGAAGGCGUCGGAAACGACGAAGAUGGGCCAGGAGCGGUCAGCGAUCGAGCGACAAACCUGAGCGAUGCUGGCAGCAAUGCUGUCCGCAGUGAACCUGGCGAUGUCGCCGAGGCGUCCCUAGAUGGAGCGGGGGGGCGGCGCGAGUCCUGGGUACCGGUUAACAGUCCUGGACUCGCACUGCCCGGCCCUGACGGAGAACGCCGGCCUAGUCUUCCCCUGCCCCCUAGUCGAUCCCUCCAAUCCCAAUCCGCCUUCUCCCUCCCAUCUCUGCAACACCACCCCGAUGGCCCGCUCUAUACCAACUCUUCUCCCACUCUUCCCUCUUUGGGACCUGCGGGUGCGUAUGGAGGACCACUAGCCAAUUCAGCCCCCACAUCCGCGCAAUCUGGCGCCGGCCCUCCCCCCUCCUCAACUCGCUUACAACCUCUCAAUUCGUGGUUGAACUCGCGGUCGCAAGCGCCACCCCCUCCCUAUUCGCAGUCCCUCCCUCCUAUCACUUCUGCGGCAGGCACCCACCACCUGCCUUUGCUCCCGCCCCCGGGAUGUGUGGGACCCCCGGCCGCAUCCCCGCCCAUGACGGUGGACGGCCUGGAGGGAUACAACAAUAUGUGGGCCAGCAGCCUCAUCGGAGACGACGUACUUGCCUUCCUAGAAGGAUGUGAAUACGAACAAUUACCGAGCACGAUGUCUUCUGAAACAGGCGUCCCAGCAGGAUGGCUGAGCACGGUUUGGACGGAGUUUACGCGGUAA